CUGAGUUAGAUGGCCAUAACAUUUAAUAAACGAUCAAACAAACAAAGUCCAUAGUGAGACAUCUCUGAUUCCCUCUUCAUUAGAGCUACCAAUGUCUUGGCUGCAACUGUCCAGACCGCCACUAAAUGGACACAAAUAAAGUGAAUUUUCUUUACGUUUCUACCACCAUCUAAGGAUCACCCAGAUUUCUGAAGUUUGUUCUGCUUUUUAUAUAUAGAAUUGGAAACAUUCAAUGACUAGAUUUUGGAGUGUCUACAACUACUAUUUCUACUAUGAUAAUUUGUGUACAUGUGGGAGCAAGAUGGGCAAAUGAGUAAAUGUGUAUCAUGACCUUACAUUGCAAAUCAUAUGAUUUAUGGAGUCCAGGAGGAAAAAAAUGGUGAACUGAAGACAGCUCUGUUAAAAGUGGAGCCAAGGACAAUGGUAGGAAACAAAGUUGGCCUCGAUUUCGGCCCGGCUCCAGCCGAUUCCAGCGGCGAUGAGAAUUCGGCCCGAUUCCAGCUGGGGCAUGGAUUCCGGUCCGUUCGCCUGGUUAUGGGCCCACCAGUUCCAUCGGCGCUUUGUUGCGCCUGGCGAGGCCUUGUGGGCCGCGAGGCGCCCGUCCAGCGGCGUCCAGUGUUCUGCGGCCCCAUCGGUUCCAUCGGCGGCGGGCGUGGUGAGGCCGUGGUCGGAGAUGAGGCCGGAGGCAAGGCUAUGGUUUGGCUCCCUCUUCUGGCACUUUUGGCACAUUACAUCGUGCUUUGUUCAUCUGCCUUUUGCUCUAUGGCCUGCCUUCCUCCCCCCCCCGGACUUUUGACCAUCGAAGCUGGGUCGUCAGGUAUUUAUACCCACGGGUUCCUGGACUGGACUGGACUGGAUUGGACUAUGGACUAUGAACAGACUGACGGCCAUUUCUACCUUAUUAAGACCUUCUGUAGAAACAUUUUCCAUAGGUUUACCAUGGAGGCUGCCGGCCUGUUUACCUGGGCUUAUCAUCUUCAUCUGGUUCCAGCUUUAUUUGUCCUCUUUGACAUCUGGACAUCCGUUGGAGGAUCCAUCUUUUAACGUCUUACCAUCUGGGAUGUUACCAUCUUAGCACCCUCACCGAUUCGUACUUUUCUAUGCGUUACGCUGCACAUGAA